AUGUCUUCGUCGCACCCACGCAUAGUUACAUCCCGGGCUGCUGUGCUGCCGCAGCAGACCACUGCGGAGCAGCGGUACUGGCGGCAGUACGCUGCUACGCAGCUGGUGAAGGAGCACAACAGUGUUACGCAUGUAGCGUUCAAUCCGCAGAAGCCGCACGACUUCGCUGUAACGUCGUCUACCAGGGUGCAGGUGUUCUCCUCGCGGACGCGCCAGGCGAUCAAGACCUUCUCCCGUUUCAAGGACGUGGUGUACUCUGCGUCGUACCGGAAGGACGGUAAGCUGCUGUGUGCCGGUGACGCCACGGGUCUCGUGUCCGUCUAUGACUCGUACAACCCGCGGACGCUGCUGGUGUCUGUAGCCGCCUCCCAGCACCCCACGCACGUCACCAAGUUCCACGACCACGACUUGAAGACGCUGGUCUCCGCGAGCGACGACCGUGUCACCAGGGUGUGGGACAUCUCGCACGCCUACGAGCCCCAGCUGGAGCUGACGGGUGCCGCCGACUACGUGCGGACGCUGUGCUUCGUGCCAGCGGCACCGCACCUGGUGGUCACCGGCUCCUACGACGGCGCGCUCAGACUCUAUGACACCAGGGCAGGCAGCAAGCCCCAGCACACACUGGUGCACGACCAGCCCGUCGAGAACGUCGUCGCCAUCUCGCCCACACAGCUGGUCUCUUGCGGUGGGCCCAACUUCAAAGUCUGGGACCUGACCAGCAACAAGAAGAUAUUCGAGCGCGCGAACUUCAACAAGACCGUCACCUGCCUCGACUACGUGAACCUCCCUAGCGACUCCGGCCUGGCAUCAAACUCAGCGCUGCUGGCGUCCUCGCUGGACGGCCACGUCAAGGUGUUCGACCCGCUGGACAACUUCCAAGUGAAGUUCGGCUGGAAGUUCUCCAGCGCAGUGCUGAGCUGCGCAGUGUCCCCCAGCGACGCCCAAGGCAGCAGGCAUCUAGUAGCAGGUCUCACAUCAGGACUGCUGGCCAUCAGAACCAAGAAGAAAGAGAAGAGGAACAGCCACCUGGCUGUGGACGACUACACAGCCGGCUCCACGGGCCCAAAGAAGAGCAACAACUUCCAAAGAAUGAUGCGUGGGUCCCAGUACCAAGGUGACCUAGAACAUAUAAUCCACGAUGACAAAGUGAAACAGCAGCGCCGCUUGCGCACUUUCGAAAGAUACAUCAACCAGUUCAAGUGGGCUGAGGCACUCGAUUGCGCUUUCGUGCCCGGUAUGGCCAAAGAACUCACUUUGACUAUCCUCCAGGAGCUGCGCAAGCGUGGCAAGAUACGGGUAGCACUCCAGAACAGAGACGAGUCCUCGCUAGAGCCACUACUUAACUGGUGUCUGAAAGGUAUAGAAGACGUAAGGUCAGUUAACGUGGUCGUCGACUGGGUCACAGUGGUCCUGGAGAUGUACGGCCAAGUAGCCCAGGAGUCCCCAGUGCUGAACGAAAUGGUGGUGGCACUACGUAACAAGGUCAGAGAGGAAGUUCACAAAGCAGAAGAGGCCCAGAGGAUAGAAGGCAUGCUCCAAUUGCUAACGAACUAG